GUCUGCAUCCGGGUCCUCAGCUUCGCGCUCCCCCGCCCGACGCUUGGGUUCGCGCCUUAGUCGCUGUGUUGCUGGAGCCGGCAGUUUCUGCUUCUGAGGUCUGUGGGUCAACUGGUUCAAACGGCUUGUGCUGCAAGCGGUGCAUCACUGUAAUGAGGCUUGUAAUUCUUGAUAACUAUGACUUGGCUAGUGAAUGGGCAGCCAAAUACAUCUGUAAUCGCAUCAUUCAGUUCAAACCUGGACAGAACAGAUACUUUACCCUGGGCUUACCAACAGGGAGUACGCCUUUAGGAUGUUAUAAAAAACUAAUAGAGUAUCACAAAAGUGGAGACCUUUCUUUUAAAUACGUGAAGACUUUUAACAUGGAUGAAUAUGUAGGACUUCCGAGAAAUCAUCCUGAAAGCUACCAUUCUUAUAUGUGGAAUAACUUUUUUAAGCAUAUUGACAUAGAUCCUAAUAAUGCUCAUAUCCUUGACGGGAAUGCUGCAGAUUUACAAGCAGAAUGUGAUGCAUUUGAAAGGAAAAUAGAAGAAGCUGGAGGAAUAGAUCUUUUUGUUGGAGGAAUAGGUCCAGAUGGUCAUAUUGCAUUUAAUGAACCAGGAUCCAGUUUAGUAUCAAGGACAAGAUUAAAGACUCUAGCAAUGGACACCAUUUUGGCAAAUGCGAAAUACUUCGAUGGAGAUUUAUCGAAAGUGCCAACUAUGGCUCUAACUGUUGGUGUGGGGACAGUGAUGGAUGCUAGAGAAGUUAUGAUCCUCAUAACGGGUGCACACAAAGCAUUUGCCUUGUACAAAGCAAUCGAAGAAGGAGUCAACCAUAUGUGGACUGUGUCAGCUUUCCAGCAGCAUCCCAGAACUAUUUUCGUAUGUGAUGAAGAUGCUACUUUAGAGCUGAGAGUUAAAACUGUGAAAUACUUUAAAGGUUUAAUGCAUGUGCACAAUAAACUUGUGGAUCCACUAUACAGUAUGAAAGAAGGAAACUGAAGGAGACUGAAGCAAAAUUCUACUUGGAAACUCCACUUUAUUAGUAGAUGAAUUUUCAGCUAUGCAAUGAUAAAUCAUGGGAAACAUUGAAAAUUGCCACUUUAAAAUCCAUUAUCUGUUAAACAUUCCAUGUUUAAAAUAACUACUUUACACUAGGAUUUAUGACAUUUUUGGCGCUCAAAGUUGAUUGGCUGUGCAUUAUCAAUUACACAAAGGUACAUACCUUUAAACAGCAAAUAAAUGUCUGCUGGCUUCAUUUUAAAAUUAAAAAUUGUGCACUUUAGGUACCAUGUGUGACAUGACAGACUUUUAUUUUUUUAAUUAUAGGGAUACAUGCCAAGCCUUUUAUUUAUUAUGUAACUAUCAUUGCAAAUAUUUACUCUUAGAAUGCUGUCUUUAGGUUUUCUGCUUGGUGUUGCCUUAGUCAUCUUUCAGCAGUAGUAUGUGGACAUCAGAGUCCUGCUACAUUUGUUGGUAAAGGAAACAAGAUGACAGUGUCUAAAAGUAGUUUAUACCCUUUUGGAAUAUAUGUGUAAGUGCAUGUUUUUUUGCAUACCGUUUUAGCACCUUUUUACAGAUGUGCUCUUAUUUUUUAAUGACUAGGGGUUCAUGCCAUCUAUAUAUACACGGUACACAUAGCUUGGCAAUUAUGAGCUUUAUAUAAAUUAUUUUGAAGAAUAUUUUGAUUAUUGCUAAAUUUCAUAAAUGAUCAGCUUUAUUCCUUGUAUAUGUCUAAAAGGAUACUAUGAAAUGUAUAUAGUUACUGUAAACUUUCACAUUGUGAUAAACUGAAUUACAGAUCUAUAUUGUUUUCUAUCUUUAACUCAAAUAAACUUAUUAAUAAUGAGGUUAUCUGAAUUUCAUUUCUAGAAGUGAAAUAUACACAUUUGUGAAAUUCCAAUAUACUUGAGCCUUUUGUUGCCAAUAUGCAGUUAGGAGAUUUCAAGACAGUCUCUCUAUAGUU